GAACCCCAGGGGUGCCGCUUGUUCCAAUGCUGUAGGCUUUGGCUCCAGCAUAAAAACCAACGCCUCAGGGCGUUUAUCAGGAGGCGCCGUCAGGGUGCCCUCCAAGGCGCCUCCCAUCUGCCCGACGAAGCCCAGCCGGACGGAGCUGCUGGAGCAGGAAUUCCAACAACUGCUGCCCGCCUUGCUGCGCAGGGAUGUCAUCUCCGUUUUCAUCUUUUUAGACAACUGUCAUGGAUUUGCCACCACCGACGAGGUGCUGGAUCUGCUGUUUACGAAAUAUGGGUGCAUCGCAGCUGCGUGUGGUGGCGACGACGCGGUCCUGCAGCGCUGGAAACUGGCCAUCUGCUGCAUCCUGGAGAUAUGGAUGGACUAUUAUCAGGAGGACUUUUGUCGGCUCCCCCAAUCUGCCUCCCUGAAGAAGAUUCUGGAAUUCAUAAGGCAGCGCAUGCCAGGCACAGACGUGGAGCUCCGUGCCCCGGCGUUACCUGCAACAACUCAGACCGCCUCCAUGCAGCAGAGCCAGAGGCUGGGGCUUCGGCCCGAGCAAAAGACCCUGAAGCACUUCCGGAGCCCGCCCCAGCCCCCAACUGUGGGGCCUGCUGCCCUCGGAUGGGCCUGA